UUCUCACAAAAUGUAUUCGUGUAUUAAUAUUGAAUUGAUUUUUCCCUAUCCUUGCAUUAGAAUUGGAGUUUUGGGAGUUCUCUGACAGCAAUUUAAACCAAAAUCUCAAAUAUCAUACGAUUGUUAAGAGAAAUUCAGAUGAUUUAGACAUUAAAUUGAAGAAGACUUCGCCCACAAAGAAGCCUAUAAUUAGCGCUAAAUUAGAUUCAAUACAAAAAAAUGUAUCGACAAAACCAACCACUAAUAAGACGGCCGGCGCUGUCGUCGGCGGCAAAGAGACGCCACUAUUGGCUAACAUGACGGUCACGUAUGUGGACGUCGAAAACAAUGAGACAACACUUCCGCCCGGAGCUAACGAAACGUACGAGAAUCACACGUAUUAUAAUUCCCAAUUUUACGCGGAAUCGUCUGGAAUGGCCCAGAAUUUAUGGAUCAAUAUAUCGACGUUUCCGAGACAUCAGUUGGUAUUGCAUGACAUGCUGUCCAAUUCGCACCGCCGCGCGGCCACUGUUUCGCUGCCGUUUGAGUUCCCAUUCUAUGGCCAAACGAUGACCAACAUUACGAUAGCGACCGGCGGUUUCCUGUAUGUGGGCGAUCACGUGCACAGUUGGCUCGCAGCCACUCAAUACAUCGCCGCACUGAUGGCCAACUUUGACACCAGUCUUAGCAACGCGUCGACAAUACAGUACGCGUAUAACGAGACGGCGUUUGUCAUCCAAUGGGAAGACGUUAUGCUUCACGACCGGACACCAGACGGCAACUUCUCCUUUCAGAUUAUUCUUCUAAAGAGCGGUGACAUUAUAUUUGUCUACAAAUCAGUGCCUUUCCCUAUCAAAGACAUACCCGACUCCAAACAUCCCGUCAAAGUUGGCAUUUCUGACGCCUAUAUUAUCGACAGAACUAUAUUUUGUAAGCAUUUUAUUAGCGUUUAUUUGCUAUUCAUUCGUCGAAAGACGAUCUAUGAGUACCACAGAGCAGAUCUCAAAGAUUACGCCAUCAGUAACGAUACGGCCAUCUAUUUCAAGGCAUUGCCGACUUGUGCUUCAUUGCCAACGUGUGAUAAGUGUCUGUCGGCGCAAAUCGGGUUUGACUGCGGGUGGUGUGAUUCGGUCAACCGUUGCUCCGACGGCUACGACCGGCAACGCCAGGAGUGGAUUAUUAAAAACUGCGAGACAGCCAUCAAAGAGGGCUCCGUCUCGUGCGCUACCAAUGUUAGCACAACCGCUUCGCCCAACACUUCCCACCCAUUCAAUACACAGAGCAUCAUAUCUCCAGACCACAGUGAUAUCCAACCAAACCCUCAGUCUCUUCCCGGCUAUAUCAGCGCCGAGGACGCAGACUCGUCCGCUUCAUCGAGCGGUUCCAGCGCUGGCUUAGUGUCUGUUCUGGUAAUCCUGGCCUUCUUCUCGGGGAUUACACUUUGGGUGUUCUACGCCUAUAAGAACCCGCAGUCGUCGUCGGGUCAGAUGCUGAUCCGUUACCGGCCGACGCAAUGGCGUUGGGCCAGCAGUGAGGCCCGAUAUACGGCCGCUUCUAUACAUAUGUAAAACGAAGUUUGCUUAAAAACAGUGAUAUAUUUGUGCUCUCAAUACCCAUACAAAACAAACCCCAAAACAAAUCCCUGAUAUUAAUGUACAGCUCUCUAGAGAUUAUGUGUUAUCUUUUUUAAUGGUUUUUUGCGCUCUUUUAAUGUACUAUUUGUGACAUCUUUUAGGUCUCUUGAAUUGAGACCAACUCUCAGACCCCUUUGUUAUACAUAAUAAGCUUUUUAUGACAUGAGUUUAUAUAUAAUACGAUACUGUUUUAGACAAUCAGUUCUCUGUCGUGCCUUCACUCUUCACUCUUGUAUUUUAUUUUUAUCCGUAUUAUACACUCCUUACAAAUCAAAACUAAAACUGUCUCUAUUUCACGAAUCUAUAAACCAAUCUCUACACCAAAGUGUUUGCAAUUAAUAAUUCUGAGCAACUAUUUUGUAUUAAUUUAUAAUUUUAAUUGUUUUAUGAAAAGCUUUACGAGAAACUCCUUUUUAAACAUACAAUUUUAUCUUUACUUUUUACUCGAAUCCCAUAUUUAUAUUUGUUUUUCUUAAUUGCCUUUAUUUUUGUAGACUUUGUUUUUGAAUUAUUACGAGUUUUUUAUUUUGAGUUUUUUUGUUGUCUUAAACGAAAAGCAAUUUUUUGAAUUCAUUCAAAUCUCACUUCAUAUGCGAUCACAUCACUAGUCAAUCAUGAAUUUUGUACCAAAAGCUGACUUUUUAUUUAAUUAUAAUUCCAGACUUAAAUCCGAACCAUAGGUUUAGAUACGAAUUCCAAUCCUUGACAGCAAAGGGACCAUAAAUUUCCAAAUCCUGUACACUAUUCGCUAUCUAUUUUGAUUGUAUUAUUGAAUUUCGUUUAUAAAUGUCUCCUAAUAUUAGCCAAAAUUGUACUAAUUAUUUGAAUGAGUUUUGAAAUACUUAUUUUCAAAUGUAAUAAUAAACGCGAUUUUUUUUAUCUA